AUGCAGCGUCCAUCCUCAACCGAUGCUUGCUCGAGCCUGCCACCGGUCCAUUUUCAUGGCGAUGCCAUGGCUCGGGUCCUGUGGACGGCCGACGACGAGGCUCGUGCCACGAUCGUACACGACAAAUUCGCGUCGACGAAAUACCGUCUAGGAUCGUUCCUGGGCAAGGGUGGCUGGAGCGUCGUGUACAAGGCGCUGCGAGUGUCGGACGGGAGAGUUUUUGCCGCCAAGUCGACCAAGGCGAUCCAGCAGACGAGGAGAGAGGCGAGGAUCCUGGGCGAUCUGAAGCACGUACGUUGCGCGGCGACCAUGCUUGCAGCGUCCAUCCGGCGGUGGCAUCUGACAGGGUCUGGGCAGGAAAACAUCCUCAAGUUGGUUGAAUGGUACGAAGAGCCCGGCAAUGUCGGCUGCGCCCUUCUCGUCACCGAGCUCUGCGCCUACGGUAAUCUUCAGGGCCGCAUCGACGAAGCGUCGCCGAGGAGUCUCGCGGCAGAGGAGAUCCUCCAAAUGGUCCGGCAGAUGGGCCGCGCGCUCCAUUACCUUCACGGUCAGGCUCUCUUCCACACGGACCUCAAGGCCAGCAACAUGGUCCUCCGCAGCCUCGAGCCCUUUGACGUCGUGCUCGCCGACUGCGCCGACGUGAGGCGCUUCGACGGCAGGCAGAGGCAUCAGCUGCGCGGCACACCCGAAUACUACUCGCCCGAGAUUGGCCAGCACGGUACCCACCAGGGUCCGGGGGACGACGUGUGGGCGCUGGGCAUCACGAUGCUGGCGACGAUGGCGCAGCGUCCGCCGUGCCGAUGCCGCAAGGACGAGGUGGAAGCGUACGCGGCCACGUGCUCCGGCCAUGUCCGGGAGCUUCUCGCACUGAACCCGCAGCACGACAUGGUCAGGCUUCUGGCAGGCUUGCUGGCCUGGGAGCUCAACGAUAGAGUGACGGCAAAGACGGCAGCCGAGUCGGCGACGGCGUUGCUGCUUCGGGAGAGGGCUGGCCAGGGCGAGGACGGCGAGACGUUGGGCAUCGAGGCGCCGCGCAACUUUCGGCCCGUUACAUUUUGGUAG